GCGCGCGGCGGCGGCCCCGCCCUGCCCGCCGUCACGUGACCGGGGCGGCAGGGCCCCUCCCGGACACCGUAGCCGCUGCGCGCCCGGCCCGGCCCUGCUGCGCCUCGCCAUGGGCUGCUGCUACAGCAGCGAGGCAGAGGCCUCCGACCAGGAGGAGGAGACCAAGCGGCUGCUGGAGCCGGCGGCCACCCCCCCCAGCAAGGCGCUGAACGGCGCCGAGCAGAGCUACCACAGCCUGCCCUCGGCGCGCACGGACGAGCAGGCGAUGCUGUCCUCCAUCCUCGCCAAAACCGCCAUCAACAUCAUCGACGUGUCGGCCGCGGACUCGCAGGGCAUGGAGCAGCACGAGUACAUGGACAGGGCUCGGCAGUACAGCACCCGCCUGGCCAUGCUCAGCUCCUCCCUGACGCACUGGAAGAAGCUGCCCCUGCUGCCCUCCCUCACCAACCAGCCCCACCAGGUCCUGGCCAGCGACCCUGUGCCCUUCGCAGACCUGCAGCAGGUGUCCCGGGUCGCUGCCUAUGCCUUCAGUGCCCUCUCCCAGAUCCGAGUGGAUGCCAAGGAGGAGCUGGUGGUGCAGUUUGGCAUCCCCUGAGCCCCCCCCCCCCCGGCCCUGCUGCAGCUUCAGCACCUUUGGACUUCCUCAGGGGGGGGGCUCGGGGGGGCUCUUUGGUUGAUUAUUUUUUGGUUGAGGUUUUUUUUUUGUCGGUUUGGGGUUUUUUUUGGGGGGGUCUUGAGGUUGUUUUGGCUUUUGUGGCUGUCUUGAAGCAUCCCCCCCCCCCCCCCAGGACCCUCCUCGUUGUUUUGGGGGAGGGGGGGACACAGGACAUGGACAGAGACCACCUCAGGGCCCUCCUCAUUGUUUUGGGUUGGGGGGGGGCACCACCUCAGGACCCUCCUCAUCAUUUUGGGGGGGGGGCACAAAACAUGGACAGAGACUACCCCAGGACCUUCCUCAUCAUUUUGGGUUGGGGGGGGCACAGGACAUGGACAGAGACCACCUCAGGGCCCUCCUCAUCCUUUUUGGGGGGGGGGGGGGGUUAAAGGAUGUGGACAGAGACCACCCCAGGGCCCUCCUCAUUGUUUUGGGUUGGAGGAAGGCAGGUGGUUUAUUUUUGGGGGGGCGCUGGUGGCUUCUCUACCCCCUCCCUGUGCCACUCCCCCCACCCCCAGCCCCCCCCAAGGUCAUUUUUACAUCUUGGACCCUUGUUUUUUGUUGCCUUUUAAUGAUUCUUUUUGGCCACAGUAGAGACAAAUUCAACCUCCA